GACACAGACCAAAACGGAGUUGUGGUCAAAUCAACAGACCGACACUAUCAAGGUGGUCAAGAAUGCAAGAAAAUGACUUUUCCUUCUACAGAGAAUACCUCAAAGUUGUAUUUGAGUAGAUCAUUUUGACGUGUAUCUACGUUUACCUGCUCAUUCGUUGCCCUGGACCUGCUGAGGAAGACAAACGGCCGGCGCAGGGCCACCAGCAAGAGGAGACAACGAGCGGCGGCCAGGUCGAGCAGGAAGCUUGAGCAGCGACUCAGAGGCGUGAUGAGGACAGCGCGCAGGGCGAGCAACGUGGAGGUGCCCUCCUUCCUCCGCCAGCUGGUUAAGGAAACCGGGAAGAUGGUCACCUUCUUCUUCAAAGGCGGCUCGAGAGAGAAGGGGCUCGAGGAGGAGGAAGAGGACGACGACGACGGCAUGCCCAGCCCGUACCUGGAGCGGCCCAUUUUGGAGAAACACGUGUCCGAGGGGGGAUCCCAGUCUGGGGUGAACUACGCGGUGGCAAACAUGCAGGGCUGGAGGGCUCAGAUGGAAGAUGCGCACACGUGCAUGCCUCAGAUGAGAGGGGAGCUGAGCGAGUGGGCCUAUUAUGCUGUGUUUGACGGCCAUGCUGGGAGCACAGUGGCCCAGUACUGCUCCAGGAACCUGCUGGACCACAUCCUGGCUACAGGUGGGGUUAAAGCAAGCGAAGACCCAGAGCAGGUGAAGGACUGCAUCCGUGAGGGGUUCCUGGACAUCGACACCCACAUGCACAAACUGGCCCGCCAAGACAAUUGGGAUCGAAGCGGCACCACGGCGGCCGCCGUCAUGAUCUCCCCGCGCUACAUCUACUUUAUCAACUGCGGGGACUCGCGCACCCUCCUCUGCCACAACGGCCAGUUGGUCUUCUACACGGAAGACCACAAGCCCUUCAACCCCAGGGAGAGGGAGCGCAUCCAGAACGCCGGCGGCUCGGUGACCCUACAGCGCAUCAACGGCUCGCUGGCCGUGUCCAGAGCCCUGGGAGACUUCGACUUUAAGGAGGUAGACUGGAGGCCACAGACCGAGCAGCUGGUGUCGCCCGAGCCUGAAGUGUACGAGUUGGAGAGGACGGCCCAGGACGAGUUUGUCAUCCUGGCCUGUGACGGCGUUUGGGACGCCAUCGGGAACGAGGAACUGUGCGCCUUUGUACGCAGCCGGCUGCAGGUGUGCAACGACCUGAGAGAAAUUUGUACGCAAGUCAUCGACCUCUGUCUCUACAAGGGCAGCUUGGACAACAUCAGCAUCAUCAUAGUGUGCUUCCCGGGCGCCCCCCAGCUGUCAAAAGAAGCACUGCAGCAGGAAGCAGCUCUGGAGCAACAUAUUGAUAUGAAAGUGGAAGAAAUCAUCCAGAUGAUGAGGUCCAAAGAUGAAGAUCCUGACCUCUUGUAUGUGAUCAAAUUCCUGGCCGAGGAGGGAAUACCAGGACUUCCACCAGGGGGAGGCAUCACCAGCAAACGAGACUGUAUCAUCUCUUCUUAUCAGAAACACAUCGCGGCUCUUAGGACUCAUGAUCCAAUGGACAUCGGGGGAUCUGAAGAGGACUCCAAUUAAAGCAAUGAUGUUGAAAACAGAAAUGUUUGAUAAAUAUAUAUUAUGAUUUCUUUGUUGAUAUCCUGGAUAAACAUCAAAAUAUGUUUUGUUGCAUUCCUAAACUGUAACACUGAUCAAUAUGUGUCAUAUUAGAAGUGUCUGUAUACGGCAGCUAAUUGUACACUCACAGGGCAUAUCAUGAGGAACACCUGCACAGCAGCUGCAUCAACAAUUUGGCCCUUACAAAUCAGGUAUUUAUUACAAAAUAAACUUAUUAUUGUGGUUGUAGAACUGCACUGCAUCAUACUGAUCAUUUAUAUUUGGUUUAUCUUUACUAGCAAAAUGAAUGGAUCAAAAGGCGCUAUUUGAUACCAAUACCGUACUAUUGUGUACCGGUAAGUGCCCUGUAGGGCGUGGCAGAUUGCAAUUGAGGAAGAAGUUCCAAUAAACUUGUCAAAAAAUAUACAAACAAUAUAACAACAUACAUGAAUUGCAUUUAAAGUAACUAAUAACAAAUUGAGAGUUAUUUUUAAAUUAUUAUUAAUUUAUCUAUAUACAGUCGUCCCUCGCCACAUCGCAUUUCAAAUAUUACAGCUUCACCACAUUACGGAUAAUUUUUGGGAUAUUUUAAAUCUUAUAAAUUCUUAUACUACAAUAAUUAAGCAUUUUCCAGCAUGAAAUGGUUAAAUAGACUAAAAAAAUUCAAGACGACUGUAGUACUGGCCAAUAGAAGAGACCAAACUGUUCAGCAUCAUGGCCACCGAUUGGCUCAACCUCAAGCAGCAUUACUAUAUUGCAUUAAAAGAGUGUAAAGGUAACUAACGGGUGUUAUUUCUUGUCUAGAGGGCUCUAAUAAUGUUUAAAAACAUAUUUUAAAAAGGUUUUUUACGCUCUAGCUAUCAAAAUAUUUGAUUUAUAAUAACGAUUCGCGGAAAUUAAUUUAUUUCAGUUAAAUCCGCAACCAAUUAACAGUGAUAAACGAGGAAGGACUGUACUGUAUUGUGUAAACUGCCCUAUAGGGAGCGACAUAUUGCUAUCUGUGGAUUAAAGUGAAUAGGAAACAUUUACCUAAGAAAAAACUUGCGAUUAAAUUGUCAAAAAUAUGAAUUGCAUCUAAAUGAAAUUACUAACUAAUUGAGAAUGAUUUAUAAUAUAAUUGAUCAUUCAUUAACAUUUAUUUUUAUCACUAAUGUAUAAUGUAGUAUGGGUAAAAUGUUAGAAAUUAAUGUUGCAAAUUAAAAAGAAUACCUUUUUAGAUGUAAACAAAAUGCUAUAAACAUUUUUUUGAAUCGCAUCUCAGUAUUACCGUAUUUUUCGGACUAUAAGUCGCAGUUUUUUUCAUAGUUUGGCCGGGGGUGCGACUUAUAAUCGGGAGCGACUUAUGUGUGAAAUUAUUAACACAUUACCGUAAAAUAUCAAAUAAUAUUAUUUAGCUCAUUCACGUAAGAGACUAGACGUAUAAGAUUUCAUGGGAUUUAGCGAUUAGGAGUGACAGAUUGUUUGGUAAACGUAUAGCAUGUUCUAUAUGUUAUAGUUAUUUGAAUGACUCUUACCAUAAUAUGUUACGUUAACAUACCAGGCACGUUCUCAGUUGGUUAUUUAUGCCUCAUUAAACGUACACUUAUUCAGCCUGUUCACUAUUCUUUAUUUAUUUUAAAUUGCCUUUCAAAUGUCUAUUCUUGGUGUUGGGUUUUAUCAAAUAAAUUUCCCCCAAAAAUGCGACUUAUACUCCAGUGCGAAUUAUAUAUGUUUUUUUCCUUCUUUAUUAUGCAUUUUCGGCCGGUGCGACUUAUACUCCGGAGCGACUUAUACUCCGAAGAAUACGGUAAAAUAUAUUGUUAAACUAAUAACACCAAAAUUAAAUAUUAUCUUUAUAAGUGGGAAGUUUCAUUAAAUAUUGUGCAGGUGUACAUAUUGAUGUGUCGCAUGACUGUCCAUUACUGAUACUGUAUAAAACAAUAUUGGAUCUCGACUUAAACAAGUUGAACAACUUAAUCGGGUGUUACCAUUUUGUGGUCAAUUGUACGGAAUAUGUACUUCUCUGUGCAACCUACUAAUAAAAGUCUCAAUCAAUCAAUCAAUAAAAAACCUGCACAAUAAGCAGUGUUGUCAACACGUGCACCAGUUCAUCACGCGUGUAAAUACAGUAGAGCCUCCCCAGUAAUAAGUUGGCACGAUGCUGUCAGGGUUCAAAGGGCGAGCAGGAAGGCCAGUGGAUAAAUACAGUCAAUAUGAAUGCCCAGGCAGGUUUGAAAGCGAGUGUGAUGCGAGGAAUUAGCACGCAUGCCUUAUUAAAAGGUGCACGGCACUUUGGAAGGCUGUGUGAAGAGUUGCAUCACAAUUUUAAAAUACGCCCACUGCUUACAUUUGGAUCGAUACUGUAAAAUUUGAUGUGAUGUAAAUCUGCAUAAAUGGCUGUCAUUCCUGAACCAUACAUUUUU